CAUGGCGGCGGCCGAGCGGCCCGACGGGGAGGUGGAGGAGGCAGGGCACGUAUUCCUCCUGAUGAAGAAGGACUAUCGCAUCUCCCGCAACGUGCGGCUCGCCUGGGUCCUCAGUCGCCUGCACCAGGUCAUCCGGGCCGUGCCUGAGCCCGAGCUGGUAAAAUCAGAAAAUGAGCUUGAUGUUCUCAGCAUCCUGCCUAAUGGGUGGCAGCCAGACGACCCGGUCCAGCCCAGGCCCUACCUCCUUGUCCCCUCUACACGGGUCACCUUCCUGGCCCGUCAGUACCGAUUUGUGAUUGAGCUUGAUCUAAGCCCUUCCACAGGGAUUGUGGAUGACUCAACGGGGGAGAUAAUUUUUGAUGAAGUGUUUCAUGCCCUUUCCCGAUGCUUGGUGGGAUUGUUAAGACCCUUUCGUAUCCCUGGUUCAGACAUUAUCUACCAGCCAGAAAUCUUUGUCACCAUCCAGGUGUAUUCCUCCAUCAUUGGCCUGCAGUCCCACCAGGUACUCUUCCAGGGCUGUCAGCUGGAUGAGACAAAACGGGAGGCCUUUCUGCAACAAGUUUACACACAGCUCUGUGCCUUUGAAAACAAAGUGGCAGAGAUGCUUCAGCAACAGUAUGAACCCAAACCACAGGUGGAUUUAUCCCCCCUAAGCCAAGAGAGCCCUGGUGACAUGCAGGAAUCAUCUGGGAGGAAGCCCAGUGUGUCUGUGGUCACUGCUGACGUUGGUCUGGUCAGCAUGGUCCGGCAAGGGAUCCUGGCCCUGCAGCUGCUGCCCUCCAACUCCAGCGCAGGUAUUAUAAUAAUUACGGAUGGUGUGACCAGUGUCCCCGACGUGGCUGUGUGUGAGACUUUACUCAACCAGCUGCGCAGUGGCACUGUGGCCUGCUCCUUUGUGCAGGUGGGCGGUGUCUACUCCUAUGAUUGCAGCUUUGGCCACGUUCCCAAUGUGGAACUGAUGAAAUUCAUUGCCAUGGCCACUUUUGGUGCUUACCUCUCUACGUGCCCUGAGCUGGAUCCCCUGAGCCUGGAUCUGAAUGUGUAUCACAAGGCAUUUCUACUGUACUCCUUUCUGCGUACUGGGGAGUCCCUGAAUCCAGAAUAUUACUGUGUGUCCCAGCACAGGCUGUUCAACGAGCACCUGGUGUCUGCAAGCAGCAACCCUGCGCUGGCGAUGCGGAGGAAGAAGCACACGGAGAAGGAGGUGCACGCUGACCUUGUGAGCAUUGUUUCGGUCAGGCUGCGCGAGGGCUACAGCAUCCGUGAAGUCAACAUCACAAAAGGUGGAUCUCAGCUGGAGGUGAAACUAGUGCUGCUUUGGAAGCAUAACAUGAGGAUUGAGUACUUAGCUGUGACACCCUGGCCCCUGGACCCAUCAAAACGCAGCACUUGGGUGGAAGUGACAAUGGAGGGAAGCUAUGACAUUUUGCAUGACAUCAGUUGCACCAUGAGGAAGCCUAUCACCAGUCUGUACCGCACCACAGUCAUCCGCCGCUUCUGGAACACCUUGCAGAGCAUCAACCAAACAGAUCAGAUGUUGGUACAUCUGCAGUCUUUUGACACAGUCCCAGAACACUUUACCAUUCCUGAGAGCACCAAGAAUGGGGUGCCCCUCUUCUACAUCCCCCCAGGCUCCACCACUCCGGUAUGUUCCCUCUCUCUCUGUUUAACAUGGGACAGAGACAGGUUGUCUCCCCUACCUGUUCUUGUACUCGGGCUUCAUCUCUUGCUCAUCUUGUCUUCAUCUUAUCCUGCUCAGAGAGGUCAGGUAUUAUCUUUGCAGCACAGUGGGUCUGACUCAAGCCAUUCCCAGUUUGCCUCCUACUGGAAGCCUAUCCUUUCCAUGGAUGCCAACUUCUGGCAGAGGUGGCUGCACAUGCAUCGUAUUGUCAUCCUUCUGGAGCAUGACACGCCUGUGCCCAAGCACCUGCACACACCGGGCAACAAUGGCCGCUACAGCACCAUCCAGUGCCGCAUCUCCCACUCAGCACUCACCUCCCUGCUGCGGGACUGGAGCAGCUUCGUGCUGGUGGAGGGCUACUCCUACGUCAAGCUGAUCCACGGGACUGAGGAUCUUACCCCUUCCUCAUUCUAUGUGGUACGAAUCAUCUCCAAGGCUCCCUGCAUGGUUCUCCGGCUAGGGUUCCCCAUUGGCACACCUGCACAGGCCAGGAACAAGAUAGUGGAAGAACUACGGGACCGAAUCUUGCAGCUGCGCUUUCCCCACAGGGUCCAGAGCAAGGAGGCAACUCCAAAAGCAAAGAGGAAAAUGUUGGGCAGUAGUUCUCCCUCCAAGUCCCCACCUGUGGCUGGGGCCCAGUCAGCCCUCUCAGACAGACCCUGCCUUGUUGUGCUGCACAAACCGUUGGAGAAGCUGCUUAUCAGGUAUGAGAAGCUGCCUUCUGACUAUCGAGCCCCCUUCAUUCUCAACCUGGAGCAUCCCCCCGUGUCUGGUCCCCUCACCAUGGUGGCCAAUCGCACUGCCUCUUCCACCCUGGCUUCGCUGUCCCGCUACUUCUAUCACCAGCGCUGGAUCUGGAGUGUCCAGUCAGGGCUCGCACCGGCUGUGCCCAUCACUGCUGUGGCCCAGCUCCUUUCCACACUCACAGAGGUUCGUCUGUCAGAGGGUUUCCACUUUGCAUCCAGCGGGGAUGGGAUUAUCAACAUGGUGCUGGAGCUGCCCAUACAGAUUGAUGGCUCAAGUGAGAGCAGCAGUGACAGGGAGAAGCACACCUGUGUCGUCCAAUACAUCCUCUUCCCACCCCACUCUACCUCUACCAAGGACAGCUUUUCCACAGAUGAUGACAAUGAUACAGAGGUAGAGGCCAUUGAAGUGGACACAGAACUGAACCUGGUCACUGAGUGCUGGGUAGAGCCACAGAGUGGCCAUGUCCACAGUACUGCUGAGAACUGGAAGCACCUUCAUGGCUUGCCCUACCAGAAAAUACCUAAAGCGCUCUACCCCCGGGACCUUGCGUGCAUCGCCACCAUGCUGACCUUCGAAUACAUCAGCCAGUUGUGCCAGAACAAGGAGUGGGUCUGCCCUCCUUCAGAUACCAAAGCUGCUGAAGAUCCAGACAUGGGGCCUGGCUUUCGAGUGCAUGAGAUCCCAUUCCAGUUCAACCUCAUGAAGCUCUUGCCCAGGUGCCAGCAGGUUGAAAUGUUCUUCCUAAUGCUGACAAAAGCAGAGAAUGAGGAGGUGACCAAGGACUCUUCAUUUGUGCCCAAUGAAAUGCUACUAAACCUCUUCCAUGGCUGCCUUCAGCAUGACCUCAGUGACCGGGAGAUCCCCAUGGCUGAUGCUGAUCAUGUGGCUUUCAUGGAGCAGGUUCUGCAGCGGGAUCGUGAUGGCCAUCAACCCCCCUUCACACUCCCUGUGAUCAGAGAAGAAACCUUAAAAGCUUCUGGGACCCUGGAGCAGCAGGAUGCUUCUGCAUCCUAUCAUCUUGUUGGCAGUAAUGGCACCAGGGAUAUGACUGGCUCCACAAGUACUCUGCAGAGCCUUGGCAACACAGAGCUGCCUGAGGAUGAUGUGACACUGAGUGACACGAUGGGGCCCUUUCCCCCUCAAUGGCGAUGUUAUGCCAAGCUGGUCAACCCACAGCAUGUGUUCCUGACCUUCCUGCCAUCCACCUUCUCAGAUGUACAGAAGCUGAUGGCUUGUGGGUUGGACAAAACUCCAAAAGAUGAGAGUCGAUCUGCGGAAGAUACCAUGGGAUCUGUCUGUGCAGAGCGAGUCAGGGCUGAAGAGGGGGAUGCUGCAGUGCCAUUACCAACCCUCAGCAUAACGCCAGCCCAUGAAGUGAGCCAGGAGCCUGGGGAGCAGAGUGGCCCCUCCCGGAGAGAUGUGCACAUCUCCUUCUGCCGCCAGAACUCGCAGUCCGAGCUGGGCGAGUGCCGCCGAUUUCGCUGCCCCAUUUACAUCUACAGCUGCUCUCUGGAGCUGCUACGAGAGCAGCUCGUCAGCCCACGGGCACACCGUUCUCCUCGGGACAUCUUUUUCAGGUCCCAGUCUCUGGAACGUCCUCCAGCUGCUGCUUGGCUAGACCACAAGCACAAGGAGUUGGUGACUUACUGCACGCUGCUGCAGGAGCACUCCCACCAGUGCUAUGUGAAAGGGCUGUUCAAGACCCUUCAGCAGUCACACAGCAUCAGCUCCCAGGACCUGCUUACUGCCAUGGACUACUGUGAGGAGCUGCUCCAGGAGAUUGAUAUCACCAACUUCCUGCUGACGGUGUGCAGCCAUGUCCGCUCGUUCCGAGAGAGCCAUCAACAUUUCCAUACACAUUCCAAGACAGCCAGCUUCCAAGUGGGCAGCAUAGAGCAGGAAGAGGAGCAGAGCUCUAGGGAACGAGGUGUCUUGGUCUCUGAGUCAAGUGCUGAAAUGGAAGACAGUGAACAGGACUCCCAUAACAUUGCCAGCCCCACAGAGGAGCCAAAGAGCAGUGUGGGCACCAGCUGCUGUUCAGAAUUUCCCCUCUCACUGCUGGAAAUUGGACAGCCCUGCCAGGCACACCCAGACUUGCACAAAAUUAUUCAGGAAAAAUUUCUGGAAAUUGGAAGUUUACAUUUCAAGCCAGUGCCAUCAAAUCCUCACUAUUUCUUCUACUGCCCACCAUCAGCCAAGAAAGAGGAAGAGGCAUCUCGGGAUCAGACAGACAGGAAAGGCAGUGAGGACAUGGAGGGAUCAGAGGCAGAAAUGGCAGCUGAAGAAGGAGCCGUGUCUGGAUGCUGCAUUGCUACAGAGAGUGACCCAGAGCUGGAGGUGGAGUACCGUGAGAAGCUGGAGCACGAGUUCCCAGACACAGAUUCCCUCUCAGACUCCAACACGGUGAACCAGGAUGACGACUCCUUCAGCGUGCUGGGAGGGGACUCGCUCAACGAGCAGGAGUUCCUGGAGCAGGAGAUGCCCCCGCUCUUUGUGCACCUGACCUGCUCAGUGAAGCUGCGUAGCCAGCACAGCUCCAUGCCUGUGCAGUCCCUGCCAACUUGUCUAGGGGAAGUUCUGGGCUGCCUGGAAAGCUGCCAGGGCUUGAACACCAUUGACUUGGGGGACCUCUGUGUGACCCUGGACAUCUUUGUGUUGACACUGCCCCUGGAGAUAGAAGUUGUGAACACAGACAUCCUCCACAACAGAUGCACCUCGGAGAGCAGCGUGUCCUUCACACGCUCUCCAGGGCAGCCAUCCUCUUUCCGCUCGGAUGAGGAUAUCAUGCACAACCUGGAACGGCUCCCGUCCACUGGAGAUGAAAGGCACCCUGCCCUUUCCAACCUCCCUGGAGUGCACAGACAGGCUAUAGAAGCCACUAUGAAUGAGAUUCGCUGGCUCCUGGACGAUGAGAUUGUGUCAGCACUGCGUCACUCGCAAGUCAUCAGCACUUCCAUCCUGCACAGGGUGGCCACCCACAUCUAUAACUCCAAGGGCCGGCCCAGCUGCCACAGCGAGGUGGUGCUGCUCCAGUUUGUCUUUGGGCCUGAGCACUCUCUGGAGAAGUUCAAGGAGGAGUUCAGAAGAAUGGCUCUGCCAGGCUACAUGCUGAAUGCAGAAGGCAACGACUACCACUACAUCUCCAUCAGCCGCCUGCACUCCAGGAGGGCUGCUCCAGACCCUUCAGGGACACCCUGCUUGCAGCAGCCAGCUGGAGGGGGCACCAGGACAAGCCUGGGCCAGGCAGGCCAGGAGGGGAGCAGUGAAACAGAGGCGGAAGGCUCUGAGCUGUUACACCACACAAGCUGUGUCCUCCCAGAAGAAGGCAGGGGUGUCUGGGAGUGGCCAGAGAGUGAGACACGCAUUGUACCGGACACAGGAAACCCUGCAGCUGGAGGCAGCCACACACAGAAUGAGGCUCCAGGAGAUAUGCUGAGACUUGAUCAAAGCAGAGCACCAGGCCAGGACUCCAUGGAAGAGGCAGUUCCAGAGACAACCAUACAGUCACUGCCAUCAUCAUCCUCUGAGAAGGGAAACAGUGAGAAAUCACCAUUGGUGACACCAUCUGCAGCAAGCCUGUCUGAGUCUGUAACACCAGGCAGGGAAGGCUCCAGCAGGCAGCGUCCCAGCCGAGUGCAGAGCCUCGUGUCAAGCCAGGGCAGCAUGGACUCAGAUCACCUGGGUUAUGAUGGGGGAAGCAGUGACUCAGAGUAUGAAGAGGCGUUAAUGAGCGACCAGGAACCCAGGUGUCCCCUUAUGCCAGAUUUCUGGCUCAUCAUAAAAAUCCAUCAGGACCGAGUGGAGGUCUAUUACCACACACGCAGCCUGAGUGUGGAGAAGGCAGCAUCAGCAGAGGCAGAAGAGGAGCAGCCAGGGGAGUGCCAGAGUCUCAACCAGGUGGUGGUGAAGAAGAUCAGUGAAAUCUGCAGGGUUGUCAAUCAGCGCUUGCUACUGCAGGACCUGCAUGACAGCCACAUAUGCAACUCAUUACUGGUGGCAGAAAGUGAGGAGGACAUCUGGAAAAGUGAAACACCCUAUACUUCAUACAGGCAGCGUGUGAUGCCCACGGAUGAUUACUCUGUAGAGGAGAGCUACCAGCCCCGGGACUACCUGGCUGCCACCAUGCAGUUCAUGCCAGGGCACUUUGCUUGUGAGGUGGUGUGGAGCACACUCAUCCAUGUGCAUUCACGCCUCAAGAUGGGCCCCAACAUGGGGGUCUCAAGAGCUAUCCAGGCACUUCGCUCGGUGCUCAAUGCCUUCUCUGUGGUGAACAGGAAGAAUAUGUUUGUCUACCAGGAACGUGCCACUAAAUCUGUUUUCUACCUCCGGCUGACUGAAACCACCCACAGUGGGAAGGUGUGGGAAGCAGAGAGCAGCCUUAGUGCAUCGUCUCGCUCACUGGCACUGACACGCAGCCAGGAGCCCAUUUACACUGAGGAUCUAAUGGGUUCUCGAUCCUCUCUGGACACUGCCUCAUGCCGUAGUGUUGACUCUGCCCGCCCUGUGGGACAGAUAGACAGGCACAUCCAGCUGAUGGUCCAUGGUGUUGCCCCAGCAGGGCCUGAGAUCACAGAUGAGCUGGUGAAAGUGCUGCGCAGACGCCUGGACGAGGCCACCCUGGAUAUCAUCACUGUCAUGCUGGUGCGGAACUGCAAGCUGACCCCUGCAGAUGUGGAGUUUAUCCAGCCCCCUGGGACGCCGCCCACAGAGGUCCUGCAGUUCUCCCUGCCGCCCUCAGCCCUGCCCUGGCUGCACGCCGUGGCCUAUUACCUGCGCCAGAACCUGCUCAUCUUCCUGCACACCCCCAAGUACACUGACAGCAAUGUGGAGCACCACUUCAAGCACUACUUCAACCACAAUGGGAGCAUCCCUGACCAGGAUCUCUAUUUGUACAACAAACCAGGUGGCCAAGGCACUGGUGGAAAAGGAAUCGCAUGCAUUGCGCUGACAUUCGUGGAUGAGCACGGCAGCCCCACCUUGCUGCCCCACGGGGAGAGGCCUGACCCUCUGAAGCUGCCUUCCCCCUCACCCAUCGUGGGCCUGCUGCAGAACAGCGACUUUGAAAGCCUCACAGCCGUCAGCAGGCACCAGCCAGGGGCUGAUCCCCUGCCUUCAGGGCCUUGCAUGCUAGUGCGCCUGGAUAUCUGGGAGAAAGGCAACAUCAGCCUGCUGCAGCUGUCGGAGAAGCUGCGCGGGGCCCUGCGCCACGCGCUCUGCGACGCCGUCAUGGAGUUCCUUGUGCUGCCAGCCCCACUGUGUGUGGAAGCCGCCUGCCCCCUGAGCGCUGCAGAGCUGGAGGACCUGAGCUCUACGGGAGGCCUAAGGAGGACCAUGUCAGAGACCAAGGGCCUGGCCCUGACCAGUGGGGGGCCUGGCAGGAGCUGUCCUCCACCCCUGCACUUCACCACUGCACCUUCACCAAGCUCUGGAGAGCCAGUGACACCCACAAACAAGCUGGGACGCCGCAGCUUCUGGGACAUGCUGAGCAAGGCAGAGUCCUCAGAGCUGGGCAGCCCCAAAACUACUGAUGACAUUGUGCUGGAGAGGCCAGAAGAGGCUCGCACGAGACGGCGGCACAAGACAGAGAAUGUCAAGCAGCACCUGAGCCAGGAUCGGGCCACAGCCACAGCUGAACUGGAGCAGGCACAGAGGCGCCGAGCCUGCCAGUUGGAAGAAGGAGAUGCAGGUACCAUGCACCCACUCUUCAAUCAAACCUGCCAGCAGUGGAUGGCAUUCAUGAACCACCUGGGGUGCCCGUCGGUGCAGCAGUGCUCCUUGGAGAUGGUUUCUCGUUUCCUCCUGUCCUCCAUCCUAGUGGAAGUGGUGAACCUGGUCACUGCCCUGGCGAGUGACACCACUGUCAAAGUGUUUGAGCAGAUCUGCUACCAUCGGGGCACCGCCUUCCUGCCCUAUAAGUCUGGUCAGAAUGCCAGCCCUUGCCCUGGAGUCAUCAGACACUUCAUCCUGCUGGGACGCAACUUCCAGCAGUGGCGCUGCAGCACAGAGCAGGCUCACAAAGGGCUCCAGCGCUUUGAGGCCAUGGAAUUCAGCUCAGCAGAGAGAGGCUCUGAUCCCAGCCUUGUUGGUCGAGAUCUGGUGCCCCGGCAAAGGUUCCUUUUCAUGGAGAUCAUUGACAAAAAGCUGACUCUCUACACUUACAACUGGUCCCCAGACCUGGGGGCCAACUUGAACUGCUCCCUGACACGCCUGCUGCAGUGGCAGAAUGCCCGGUCCCACAUCGUGCACUGCCUGAUCAGCCAAAAGCUGGGACUCUUCCACCACCACUGCUUCAUGGACACACCAUGGCAUGAGGACAGCAAGCAGGAGCCAAAUCCUUUCCUGAACUCCACUUUGGAAGUGGAUGCGCUGAUCCGGAGCCCCUGUCCCCCGCCCAGCAAGGAGCAAGGCAGGCUGAGCAGCUCUGCCCGCAGCCUCCCGCCCCUGCACUUCCAUCCUGACGUGGUGCCCUUUGACGAAGCUCUGCGGGAUGUUACCACCAUCAGGCGCAUACCCCAUGGGCCUGACUUGGGAUAUUUUGAUCCUGUGGCUCAGCAUGGGGCCCAGUUCCUGGAAAUCAAGAGCAUGGAGAGGAAAGAACUGGAGAAACAGAUGAAGAUUGAAAACCUCUUUGUCACCUGGCAGCAGAGAUCAGCUCAGUCCAACAUGCCUAUCAGUCUGGCAGACCUGGAGACUUUGAAGCAGUCCUCACGCCUGGUUCACUACUGUGCCACCCCCUUGCUCUUUGACCCGGCCUUCCGGCAGCAAAUCCAGACUGACCAGCUGGGCAAGGUAGAGGGGAAGAAGCGCCACCGCUCCAAUGACUCCACAGCUUCGGGGAGGGACCGCAGCCACAGCUGUGACUCGGCAGAAGCACUGCCCUGCAAGGUGAAGGAGGAGCCAUGGCUGCAGGAGAUGUGCAAUGCCUUCCUGCAGCAGUACAUCCAGUACCUGCAGAGCAUGGGCUUCAUUCUGGUCCAGGUGCGGCCACCCUCACCUACCACUCGCAGCAGCGCAAGCCGCAUCCGAGCUCUAGCAGCAAUGGGAGUGGAGGGUAGAGGGUCCUUCUCCUACACAAAGCCAAAACCAGAGGGAAGUCCAAAGAGCACAAGCCCUGCUGUUGCCACGUACCACCUACAGAGAGCCCUUCCAGGUGGGAUUGUGCUCAUGGAGUUGGCCUUCCAGGGCUGCUAUUUCUGUGUGAAGCAAUACGCGCUGGAAUGCUCGCGCAUCCCCAUGGGCCAGUCCGUGAACUCUCAGUUGUCUAUGCUCUUCACGGAGGAGUGUGACAAGGUGCGGGACCUCAUGCACGUGCAUUCGUUCAGCUACGACUUCCACUUGCGCAUAGUUCACCAGUAUCUGCUGGGCUCCCACAUGACUCUCCGCCAAGGCUACCAUCUCACCAGCUUCCUGGAGGAUUUCAUUGCCCAUCACCCUGACAUCCCCAAAUUUGGUCGUAAUCAUGUUUUCCAAGGCACGCUGGCCCUGCCCACCAAUAUGAUCACUGCACACCAGCUGUACAACUACAUUGCUGACCAUGCCAACACCUACCACAUGAAACCCCUGCGCAUGGCCCGGCCAGCCACGGGCAACGACAGCAAGAAGGGAACACCAGGCACAGAGCAGAACGAAUAUGCACUGGUCUCUAUUUGGAACAGCUCGGGCUCCUACAAGGACUCUGAAGGUCUGCGUCAUCAUGAUGACUUUGAUGUGUCCCUCCUGGUUUGUCACAGUGCGGCACCAUUUGAGGAGCAGAGUGAGGCAGAGAGACGCAUGCUCCGGUUGCGUUUCUACGUCAUCAUGACAAGCCAGCGGGAGCUCUUUCCACGGCUCACGGCCGACAUGCGACGCUUCAAGAAGCUGCCGCGCUUGCAGCGGGAAGUGCUGGAGCCUGUGGUAGGCCGGGCAGCCUGGGAGGCAGUGGAGCCGGAGCCGAGCCUGGACCGGCAGCCGUCGGCAGAGCGGGAGCUGUGGCAGGACGUGGAGGACAGCAGCGAGUUCUACGCGGGGGGCACGCAGGUUAAACUGGGGCCAGGGCUCUUCUACACCUCUCCACUCUUCCCCUUGCUGGCCUCUGAGGUGGCCUCAGCCCAGAAGCAGCUCAGCAGCAUGGUGCAGCUGGCCAAGUGCCACUGCCGCAGGGACAACCUCUGGAAGCGCCUCUUCCUUCUGGAGCCUCUGGCUUCUGACAAGCUGAAGCUGGGCAAGCUCUCGCUGGUGGAGCUGGAGGAGCUGCUCGAUGCCGUGCAUGGGAAAUCCAUCGCAGAUGUCGACCCCCAGCUGGAAUGCUUCCUCACCAUGACAGUCUCCUGGUACCAGAGCCUCAUCAAGGUGCUGUUGAGCCGCUUUCCCCAGAGCUGUCGGCACUUCCACAAUGCUGAAACUGGCACCCAGUAUCUGGUUGUGCUCAACCAGAAGUUCACAGAUUGCUUUGUUCUUGUGUUUCUUGAUUCUCAUUCAGGAAAAACGAGCCUCACCGUGGUUUUCCGGGAGCCAUUCCCAGUGCAGCCCCAGAACAGCGAGAGUCCUCUGCCACAGCUUGUGUCCACGUACCAUCACCUGGAGUCAGUCAUCAACACUGCCUGCUUCAACCUGUGGACGGGCCUGCUCUAGCACUGGCACCCACGUCCUGGAACAACGCGUAUUCCGACUCGGCACGGCCGUGCUAUUGGUGACCAUGGGGAGGAACAGGUCUCUGGGGGCACCUGUGCGUGGGCACUGCAGGCAGCACUGCCAGUGGCGCACAUGGCUACUGACCCAAGGAGCCUGGGGAUGUGCACCUCAUCGCUGGCUGGCUGGUACAGCCCUUGUGUGCUGUUUUCAGUGGGUUUGAUACUGAAUGGCCCUGAAGCAAACAGCAAGGGCAGGAACUUGGCUGCUGCAGCCUAGCUGAAGCAGAACAACUCUCAGGGACGUGGCUUUGGCAUCCACAGGUGAGUUCUGCCUGCUGGGAAGGCACUGAGGAGCAUGCACAGCACCAUCUUCUGCCCAGGGUAGCACUGCACAGUGCUCUGCUUUAGGAGGAAAGACUCCUGACUGGAGGGCUACCUGACUGGCAGUGAGGAUAACUGUUUCUUUUGUUUUCCUUGGGAGAGCAUGAAUGGGAUAGGAAAGGUGAACUGGAUCACAGGAAGGUAUUAUAGAGGUGUACAUUUGAGCCAUUGUUCUAUCUGUGAAAUAAACUGAACCAGAUCCCUGCUCAGUUGCUGUAGGCUGUGGAAAGCUGCCUGCAGAGGAUCCAGAGCAGCCCUGGCUGCUUUGGAAUCUUACACUUGCUCCAGAGCAGGAGCAGCAAGACAGUCAGCCUUGAGUAUCCAUUCACAGGCAGGUCCCAGCCUGUUACCUUGGAAUGGACAGCAUGGGAGGGGACUGCUUGCUUCACUUGCAGCCCUGCUUCAGAGUCAGUGCUGGGUACUGGCAACAGCCUUGAGAAUUUCAGUACCUAGAAGUCAAGAGUGUUCUUUCCACAA